AUGUCAUUUGAGAUAGCGGCCCGUGUGGCCUCCCACAGGCCCUGCCCACAGCGAGACCGGUUUCCGUCCCGGCACUUCCAGGACACUUCCCGCUCGUGGAGGAAGCCCGUGCUUGGACUCCGCGCGCCGCCGCGGCUCCGGCAGGCUUUCCGUGCCCCAGAGCCCCCUUCGCACACCCGGUCCGUGUUCCCCUCGCCCUUCGUGGUGCUGGCGGUCCGCAUCUGGAGCGGGUGCCGGCUGCACCUGUUGGAGCGUCCCCGAGGCGGGGCUGCCCGGAUGGCGGUCCUCUUGACGGAGAACGACGGCAGCCAGAGCGCUGUCACGCUCCACCCGGCCGCCACGGGGAGCAGUUCCCCAUGUUCUCUACGAAGAGACGAUGGACUGGCUGGAUGGCGGGAGCACGUGACGAGGGCUGCAAGCUCCGGCUCGCGAACUGACCGGCACGGGCACGGGGACCGAGGGAGACCAGAGGAAGAGGAGUGCGCAGGAGCCGGAUGUGAGCCGCGCGGGCCCCGCCCCUUCCCGGAGGGAGGGGUCCUCCCUUUCGCCCCGCCCACUCCGAGUGGCCCGUGCUGCGCCUGCGCACUGGGCCGGCCGGCACGUUGGGUUUCGUACCCUGGUCGGGGCCGCUGCCGCUGUCUCCGCCCUCGUCCCCCGCCGGUAGUCGGCGCCGCGGUGACGCCUCCUACCCGUGGUGUUGACCCCCGCCCCGGUGACGCCCCCUCCCUUGGUGGCGACCCCGUCCUGGUGACGACCCCUCCCGUGGUGGCGACCCCCUCGGGUGACGCCCCCUCCCGUGGCGGUGACCCCCGCCCCGGUGAGGAUCCCCUCCCCGUGACUGCGCCCCUCCCUCCCGGGGCCACCGGCUGUCUUGGGGCCUGUCCUGCCCACUGGGCCCACCCGGGGGAUGCCGUGGUCACGAAGGCGGUUUUCCGCGGGGAGCCUUGUCCACUGCGGUUUUCCCGAAGGUGGGAAACUCGACCGCAUAAUCUGCGGUCGUGGGGACCGGUUCGCGCCCUCCCUGAAGAAGGAAAAAACGCUUUGGCCCAAGGGCCGCGUGAACCGUCCUUCCUCAGAGAGCGGGCGCGGCGGGAGGCUCGCGUGCCCCUCUCGGUGCUCCAGGCCCCGGGUGUCCGGUGCGCAAGGGGGCGCACUGCGGGGGCUCCAGACCACGCUCCCACGCUCCCGCGGGUCAGCGCUCCCGGGGGUCACCCUCCCGCCGGGCAGGACCCUAGGGCCUCACACCUGACCUGCUUUCCCGGGGGCCCUGGGGUCCCAGCACUGCUUGCGCGCUGUCGCACACGCCUUUCUGUGCCCUGCGAGGCUGAGAGCCGUGCGCUUUGUUCCUUUAUAUUAUGAGUCUCCAUCCAGCGUUCACAUCACAGGCACAGACCGAAUAGAGUUUUCCCCGUAAAGAUACGUAACAGGGGCGCCUGGGUGGCUCAGUUAAGCAACUGGGCUCUUGAUCUCAGCUCAGGUCCCGGUCUCAGGGUCACGAGUUCAAGCACCUCGUUGGGCUCCUCGGGUAGGUAUGAGGCCUACAUAAAAAACAAACAAACAAACAAAUACAGGAAAGAUAAUGGGAUGCUGGGUACUUCUGGGCGAGACUGUCCGCACACCUGAGCCUGUGGAUACAAACCGAAGUGACCCAAUCGUAAUACCAAAACUGAAAUAGAAAUGGCCAUUGUAACAGUUUGAUCGUGAUUUUCAGGAACGACCCCUUAAGCACUGUGAGGUACCCCACAUUCAACCAGAAGAACAAAGUGCUUUAAGGUGGUUGUUGGUCCCCAAAGGCUGUGGCGCCUCCCACUGUGGGCGGCGAGUGUGGAAGGCCUGUGCUCAGCUUCCUUGCAGGAGAAGAGCAGCCCGGCUGUGUUACCCCGCGUGUCUCACUGCAGCUGCCCCAGAAGUGAUACAUUCAUUUCUGGAUUCUUUUUUAACUACUUUUAAUCUCAACUUUGAUUUGCCAAAGUCAUUUUGUGUGUGUGUCUUAGAAUGAAGCAUAUUUUAUUUUAUUUUAUUUUAUGUAUUUAUUCUUAGAGAGAGACAGAGAGCAAGCAUGAGCAGGGGAGGGGCCGAGCACAGAAUCCAAAGCAGGGUCCAGGCUCCGAGCUGUCAGCCCAGAGCCCGACGCGGGGCUCGAACCCACAAGCCGUGAGAUCAUGACCUGAGCCGAAGUCAGACGUUUAGCCGACUGAGCCACCCAGGCACCCCUGAUGGAGCGUAUUUUUAAGUGAGAUUUUAAAUGUUGUGAAACACGUCCUCAUAACAAGAUUCCAAGCAACACGGAAAAAUCAGGGUUCCUCCCUGUGCUCUGUCCUGCCCCAUCCUCCCACCUCCUCCCCUGCUUUUUCUUCUGACUUAGCAGUACGUGUGUAACGUCUGUCCAAGUCAGGACAUGGAUAAACAGCAGUCCACGGCAAGGGGGCACCGUCCUUCUCGCUCAGUCCCCGCUGCUGGGGUUUCAUCUGGGGCCUGGCCGGGGCCACGCCAGUCUCUCGUGGACGGGAUCCCGUCAGCGGCAGCUGCGCUGGGACCAUGGGUCACAGGACGUCCUCAGCCGCACGAACCGGUUUCUGUUCUUGUAUUUCCCCGAGUGAAGUGCUGUUGGACUCGGGGCCAAUUUGCUCUCCAGGGUGCGUUCCGUGCGAAGACCCCGGACAAGAAGCAGUUAACUGCUCUGGAAAGACUCUUCCCUUUGCCUAACUCUGAGAAGUACGCCGUGUCAGACGCGCAGGUUCGCUCAGGUCACGAUGUGUUUCCGAGGCGUGGACAACUCGCAGUGUGUGCGCACGCGUGGUCCCCCCCUCCCCGGCUGCCCCGUGGGCGCACUCGGGUGCCCGCGGGUGAGCGGGUGAGCCCGCCUGGCUCCCAGCAGGGCCGCAGCACAGCUCCAGGGCGGGCUUUCCGUCUCUGCAGCCCCCUGUUGUUCCAGAACAGCGUGUCGCCCGAAACCACCAGGUGGCAACUCACUUCUGUCUCCUCUUUGGUGAGGUCCGGCCGCCGUCUGGGUGUGAAAUGCAGGUUUUGCUCAACUUUGAGAAACCGUCUUUUCCCCUUUUCCCCCUCCCUUCCCUUCCCACAUUUCCCCCCCAGGUACUCCCGUUGCUAUAGCAACCCAGCUUCUGCCAAGUCUUUCUGCUGCUUUUCAUCCCAGCAGCAACAGGUGCUUCUCGGUGCCCCCCCCCCGCCCAGCCUGCCCCCCGCUCAGAUUGGGGAUCCGCUGAAGCCCGGUGCUUUCCAGGAGUCCGUGCUCUGAGGUGAAGCGGGGCGUCUGGAGGGCACUCCGUGGGAGUCCUGUCACAGAGGCUCAGUCCUGAGCACCAUACGCACGGCUCCCAACAGGGUGUUUUCCUUGCACAACAACAGGGCUCUCAGCGCCUGGCAGCUUUGUGCAGCUUCCCCGCUGUCGGGAGACCCUCCGCGGCGGGUUUGUGUUCAACCCAGGACUCGGCCGGGGACCGCAGGGGCCACAGGUGGGGGGGUUAUAAAACCCAGAUCCCUUGGACUUUUCUUCUGCUAUUCACGAAUCGCCAAGUUGUCUGUGCGUGAGAAACGGCUCAUCUCUGCCGUCAGACCCUCCGCCCUGUCUUUUCAGAUCUUGGAUGACCGUGUGCGAAAACCUGGAGCUUUAUUUGCUUCCAAAACGUUUGUGAUGCUCUCGUGUUUUACUCUGAUGGCUUUUCUAAGCACCAGACGCGGUGUUGACAUCAGGUUUUGUGUGGGGUUUUUUUGUAAUGUUUGUUUAUUUUUGAGAGACAGCGCAAGCGUGAGUGGGGGAGGGGCAGAGAGAGAGGGAGACGCAGAGUCCGAAGCAGGUUUCAGGCUCCGAGCCGUCCGCACAGAGCCCGACGUGGGGCUCGAACUCGCGAACCACGAGAUCACGACCUGAGCCCAAGUCAGCGCGCAACUGACCGGAGCCCCAGGCGCCCCAACAUCAGUGUUUUUGACGUUUUACUCUCACACUUGGCGGAUAGCGACACUUCUUGCGCAGACGCUGCUUCUAAAGCCUCGCCCGGUGAGUCCGUCUUCAGCAAACGAUCGACCGUCACAAAACCAACGAUAAGAGUUUUUUGUCCUUUUUGGCAAGUUCAGAAGCUAAUGUGGAGUUUUUCUGGAAUUUGUACUCCAUCGGCUGGUAGAUCCAAGCUGUGAAGUCUUGUUCUUUGUUACAGACGUGGACGUGGCCGUAGGCAGAGGUCCCUGGGAGUCCGUAUGAAAUGUGUCAGCACGCGUUCCCCUUGAACGGUCUGUCUUGUAGCCGCACACCCAGGGGCCCCAGGACCUGGGCGUGCGACUCCCCCCUGGUGCUAACAGGGGUGCCCCGGCUCACCCGCAGGAAGCAGACCGGCCUUUUGUCCUCUUCAGUUCAUCAGGUGUGGACAGGUGACUUCUGCGGGCUGGGGCCAGGGCGCCCUGUUUCAGUGAUAAUCAGAACCUGCUCGUUCUUACUGAGGGGGCGUCGGUUUAACACCAUCCUGAUCACUUCGGCCCGUGGGUUCGCUGCAGCGACAGACGCGAUGAACACGUUGUCUGGAAGGCCGCACGAGCACACAGAGUGGCACUACGUGGGCCGGCCGGGGGGGCCCAGGCACUGGCGCCCAGCUCUGCGUCGGUCAGCGCACCCACCGAGCAAACCUGCGGCCGACUACCGCUCCCCUGUCACACCCGCGGGCUGGGGAGUUGGACCCUUCUGCGACAGGCACCCGGGCCACGGCAGGUCUGCUCUAACGGAGGCUCCUCCCAGGGGCUGUCGUCUAGACGGGCAUGGGCUCCCCGCCCGGCCACCGCUCUGUCAUCACAGCAGCCUGCGCUUCUGAUGACAGCGUGAGCAUCGAACCCGGAGCCUGGCCGGCCGUCUUGUGCUGUGAUUGGCACGGGUGACACAGAGCCUCCUGAGACCACGGCAGGCGGCCAGCCACCUGGGGACGGGCCUCCAGCCCUGGGGGACUUCCGGAGCUGCUCCCCGAGGCUGGUGCCGACGGCCCCCCGGCAGGCGGUGGGACUGGGGCUGCUCCAGACUCUGCCAGACGUGAACUGGGUUUUGGCAGUGGUGCCUUCGUGCCUCGUUUGUUUCCUGGGCCACGUGUGCCGGCUCGUGAUGCUCGUGCUUAGAGUGUAUCCUGCGGUCGGUUAAAAGCCAGACUGAAGAGAACCCUCGUGUACUUUCCUACCUCUCUCCGUGGAAGCGUUCUUAUUUUCUCUAGAACGAUGUUUCUAAUGCUGUUUCCGCAGUUCACGUGGUGUCAGGAUGCUGUGAGGUAGGGGUGCGGCUCCAGAACCCUCCGCUCUGGCUGUGGGCACACCGCUUCCGGAGUUUGCUUUGCGGGUUGGGUGCCGUGAGGCCGGUCGGGCGCUCAGCUCAGUCCUGGCGUUGACCAGCAAGCCGCUGGCCGGUGUGUGAGCCAGGUCCCCCGGGAGGCUGGGGGCGCCUUCCGGGAUCAGCGCCCGUCCACAGAGGCGCAGCGGGGAAGACACACGGGAGCUGUGGAUGGUUUGGCCGCCUGGACGGGAGGGCCGCGUGGUGGCAGAGAACGGAGA